AUGAGUGCAGUCACAUCCUUCGGCCCUGAGCCCUAUAUCCUCCUCAGUUUACUGGUUGUUUUCGUGGAUGGGUGGCAUGAUUUGGAUAACACCGAUUAUGACUGCUGGCCCCUGGAGAAACCAGAUGAGUAUAACAUGCUGGAUUGUGGUGGCCUGGAGAUGGCUUGGGUUCAGAGGCCCCCAGAAAAGGUCAUAAGCGGGGAAUCCUUUGAUGUAAUCUACGCAGUCAUUGCUUCCGACAACUUUUACCACUAUUCUGUGGAAAAUGGGAUCCUUUCCCACAGUGAUGCAAUGGCUGCCAAAACAUUCUGUGAGGACCAGGAGUGCCCUUCAAACUGGAAAGAUGCAAAUGAAGAGAACUGCUGUGUCCAUCAUGCGAACAUUCACUCUUGCCCGUUGGCCUUCAUGGGGAAAGGUGGCAUUUGUGGACCAUGGAUCCCAGACGAUGGCCAAAUAUUCACCCACACCAAGUCUACUGCGGGCAAAAUGACACAGAGAAAUUGGACUGCCAAGGUAGUCCUGGUGCAUGUGGGCAUGACCUCUCUCAUUGCACACAUCAGGGUUGGGAGAAUGCAGGCUGCUUUGGAAGCCCAAACCAUGGUCCUCCCAGCAGUAGUCUGUGGGGAUGACAUCUGUGAGGAUGACGAGGGCUGUUCCACAUGCCCGGCUGACUGUGGCGAAUGUCCGUUGGCAACAGACAUCAGGAUCGCAAUUGCCUUACCAAUAUGUCUGGUCUGCACCGGCUUUAUUCUGACAGUCGUGUGGUUCCAGUACCAAAAGCAAAAAAUGUUUUGGGAUGAAAGCUGGAUCAUAGACUUCAGCUGCAUCAAACAAGAAUACAUGGCAAGGACUGCAAUGGGGAGCGCCCUGAGUGUGCCACUUCGACCCAGCGCCUCCAAUACCAGCUGCCUCACAACACUGAGCUCCUGUACAGCAGCUGCCAACACUUCUAAGAUGAACUAUUUUACGCAGACGGGGAUCUAUGAUGGUAGAACAGUGGCCAUCAAGAAAAUAAUGAACAAGACGUUUACUCUCACUAGGACCAUCCGUAAAGAAGUCAAACAAGUAAGAGAACUGGACCACCCAAACCUCUGCAAAUUCAUUGGGGGCUGCAUUGAAGCGCCAAAUAUUGCCAUAAUCACGGAAUACUGUCCUAAAGGAAGUUUGACUGAUGUGCUGCUCAAUGAAGACAUCCCUUUAAACUGGGGCUUCAGGCUUUCUUUCGCCACAGACAUUGCUCAGGGAAUGGCGUAUCUUCACCAGCACAGGAUCUAUCAUGGGCGAUUAAAGUCCACCAACUGCGUCAUUGAUGACCGCUGGGUUUGUAAGAUUUCAGACUAUGGCUUGCAGUUCUAUAGAAAAGAAGAUUAUUUAAUGGAGUCCAAUGUUCCUCAUAAGCACUUCACACAAAUAUAUCUGGCGCCUGAGGCUCACGCCACACCAAACUUUGAACCAACUCCAGUUGCAGAUGUGUACAGCUAUGCCAUCAUUUUAAUCGAAAUAGCAACAAGAAGUGACCCCACCCUGAAAGAUGAUACACAGUCAGAGGAAUAUUCUUUGUGCCCCGCUUUGACAGAAUUAAUAUCAGAAAAAUCUGAGCAUGCCUGUCCCUGCCCUACAGAAUAUGUAGAGCUGAUCAGGAGGUGUAGGAAGAGCAAUCCAGUGCAAAGGCUUACCUUUGAGCAAGUCAGGAAGUUGCUGCAGAAGAUGAACCCAAACAAAGUUAGCCCAGUUGACAUGAUGAUGACUUUGAUGGAGAAAUACAGCAAACACCUGGAGGUGUUAGUAGCAGAAAGGACUCAGGACUUGACGCAUGAAAAGCAGAAGACAGACCGCUUGUUGUAUAGCAUGUUGCCAAAACAGGUAGCUGACGAUUUGAGACAAGGAAAGGCAUCACAGGCCCAAAGUUACAUAAACUCCACUGUAUUUUUCAGCGACAUCGUUGGCUUCACUCAGCUUUCCAGCACCAGCACACCUUACCAAGUGGUUGACUUCCUAAACAAGCUCUACACGACCUUUGAUGAGAUCAUAGACAAUUACGACGUCUACAAGGUGGAAACUAUUGGAGAUGCCUACAUGGUGGUGUCAGGAGUGCCCAGAGAGAAUGGCAUUCGCCACGCCAGCGAGAUUGCGAGUAUGGCUCUGGACCUGGUCUCGGUGUGCAAAACGUUUAGGAUCCCACACAAGCCCAACACCCAGCUAAAGAUUAGAGCAGGGAUCCACUCAGGGCCAGUUGUGGCAGGAGUUGUGGGAACAAAAAUGCCCCGGUACUGCUUAUUUGGGGACACCGUCAACACAGCCUCCAGGAUGGAGUCCACCAGUGAAGCUCUCAAAAUACAGUGCAGUUCAAAUACAUACCAGCUGUUGGAACAGAUUGGAGAGUACAUAUUGGUGUGCCGGGGGAAUUUGCAAGUCAAGGGGAAAGGUGACAUGAUAACAUAUUGGCUGGAAGGAAAGAAGUCUAGUGCAACUCAAAAGAAGAAGCUAAGCCCUUCCACAACCUCUCAGACUCUUAACCAAAGUACUUGCAGUAUCAUCCCAGGUGUUAUAUAAAAUGACCUGCUUUCAACCCUGCCAUACAAAAACCCCACCAGGUACUUUCUCCAUGGUCACAGUCUUUAUACACCCCAAAUGAAACUGUAAGCAAGAAGCAUCUAAGUCCUCUUCUCCAAAAGGGAGGUCCUCAUUAGUGAUAUGAAGAAAAUAGACACCGUUGUAGGCUUGCAAA